GGGGUCAGACACAGAGGCUUCAUGUUCUUCGACAGGCCUGCAGUCAGAACGACAUACAAUUCAAUUGACUUCCGCUGCAGUGAGAGGGCCACAAUGGCUGCGAGAGGCAGGGAGGAGAAGGCCUUUAUCGGUCACGGAGAACAGCCAGAGCCGGGGUUAGGGGUGUCAGUGUUCCAUUAGCAUAGGAAGACUAGGCGUUAUUUACUUUAAAGUCUCCCCAAAUCACAGCACUGAGAGGGAGUCUAGGAGUAUUGGGGUAAAGGGUGUGGCCUGUUUAUUUUGUGAAGAAGACAUUAAGGGGAAGUGAAGACUGAUGCAUGCUGUAGAUUGUGAGCGAUGCUCACAAAUGAUCACAUUAAGUGUUGUGCUGGUGUACGUAUAUUGAGAAGAUGAUUUAGCUGGUUUCUUACUUUGCAGAGUGCCACAAAGACAGCAUGACCUAGCACAAUGCCUUAAAACAGCUCAUUAUAUCACAGUAUAUAGCACUGCACAUCACAGAGUGGAACAAUAAAACUUAAUAAAAUGCAAUGAAGAAAACACAUUGUUGCAUAUUAACAGUAUAUUGUAAAUGUAUAUGAGCACCUCAUGGUCACGUUACCAUUAACCAAGUUAUACAGAAAAUACAUAUAUCAGAUACACAAACACACAGGGCUGGAUGUGCGAGAGGUUGAGGCAGGAGAAAAGAAGAGAUGCGGAGACUCCGGAGAAAAGGAGGGAACAAUGAGAAGGUGUUUGGCUGUGACCUGUUGGACCACUUGUCCACUACCUGUCAGGAGAUUCCCCAGGUGCUGCGAAGCUGCAGUGAAUUCAUUGAGGAGCAUGGGGUGGUAGAUGGGAUCUACAGGUUAUCUGGGGUGUCAUCCAACACACAGAAACUAAGGGGUGAGUUUGACAGUGAGGGGACCCCGGAUCUCAAUAAGGAUGUGUACCUGCAGGACAUUCACUGUGUCAGCUCUGUCUGCAAGGCCUACUUCAGAGAGUUACCCAAUCCCCUCCUCACAUACCAGCUCUAUGACAAAUAUGCUGAAGCUGUGGCGAUUCAGUUGGAGGAGGAGAGGCUGGUUAAGAUUAAGGAUGUGCUGAAAGAGUUACCUGCUCCCCAUUACAAAACUCUGGAGUUCCUGAUGCGCCACCUUGUCAAGAUGGCUUCUCACUCCUCACACACCAAUAUGCAUUCCCGGAACCUCGCCAUUGUUUGGGCUCCGAACCUUCUCAGGUCAAAGGACAUUGAGGCGUCAGGGUUUAACGGUACAGCAGCCUUUAUGGAGGUGAGGGUCCAGUCUAUCGUGGUGGAAUUCAUCCUCACCCACGUGCCCCAGCUGUUUCCUGAUUCAGGUAUUACGGAGCGCCGGAAGUCACUCCCAUCUCCCUCUAUACACAAUCCAGAGGAACCUUUCUUCCGGGCCAUUCCAUUCCAGUUAGGCAACAUCAGCCCAGGGGACGGUCCCCCUGCCAUGCGUUCCUACCACGCCAUCAUAGACGGGACAGACAAGAGGAAGGGAUCUCUUAAGGGCAGGAAGUGGAAGUCCAUCUUCAAUUUAGGAGGCAGACUCCAUGACCCGAGACGGAGGAACAAGAACUCGGCCAAAGAAAAAGAGAGAACUGUCUUGAGGCCAGCGAAGAGCAUGGAUUCCCUGAGCUCUGUGCCCUAUCCGCAAGAAGGUUCCAGACAACGACCCCCUUCCACUGUGAUGUCCCCCUUGGCUCAGCCCUCUCCCUGUACCCAGGGGGUUGCGGAGGGAGGGGCAUCCAGUAGUGGUGGUGAUAUGGGCAGCGGGUAUGCUGUGACCUACCGGAGGGGUCAGGGGGCUAGUGUGAGUGUAGUGAGCGGGGGCGGCGGAACACAGGGCAUAUACAGUCGACUGGACAGUCACUGUGGUGGGGGCAACAGCACUGAGGCUCUGCAACCCCCAUCCAGAUCCCCAGGACUCUCCAGCAAAGCCGACCGGCGGGCAGGGAUCCACAUCUCCGGACCUUUCUCGGUCACAGUACCCCUUCACAUCACAUCAGGCCUGGCCUUUGGGGUGCUGCAGGGGGGUGGAGCGGACAGGGGCAACCAUAGAGGAGGACAGGAGAGUGGAGAUAAAGGAGAGGGCGGGGAGGGUGACAGACGGAAGGGAAGGGAGGGGGAGAGACAGAAGGCAAGGGAGGGUCACAGACAGGAGGCAAGGGAGGGUGACAGACAGGAGGCAAGGGAGGGUGACAGACAGGAGGCAAGGGAGGGUGACAGACAGGAGGCAAGGGAGGGUCACAGACAGGAGGCAAGGGAGGGUGACAGACAGGAGGCAAGGGAGGGUGACAGACAGGAGGCAAGGGAGGGUGACAGACAGGAGGCAAGGGAGGGUGACAGACAGGAGGGAAGGGAGGGUCACAGACAGGAGGCAAGGGAGGGUCACAGACAGGAGGCAAGGGAGGGUCACAGACAGGAGGAAGGGGAAGGGGAAAGGCACAUCCGAGUAGAAGUUAAGAGGGAGGACAAGACUGACCUAGGCAAGAGAAGAGAUGAAGAGGUAACAGGGGAGAGGAGAGGUGAGGCAGAGGAAGAUAAAGUUGAAGAAAAAUGGGGAAGAGGAGAAGAGGAGAGAGAAGAGGAAGUGAAUGGGGACUGUGUAUCUAAGCCAUCAGAAGAAAGCAUUGAAGAGAUUCAGGUUCAGGGUGAGGGUGGAGAAGGGGAUGCAGAAAACCAUGACAACAAUGAGGAUGAAGAGGGAGAAUACAUGGAUAUGAAAGGCUCUGUGCAGACUGCCCUGGAUGCCCCAGAUAUGUCAGGUGUCAGAAAUGAAGUAGUUGCCAUAGAUUUGCCAUUUCCUCUGAUGGAGGAGGACGAUGAACAAGACCAGGACUGUCCACUGGACUUUCAGGAUACUUUUGGAUUCCUUGACCUUAUGGACAGCAGUGUCUCCAGCCAGAUGUUCCAAGAGUUCUCAGUGGAGCCUCAUCAUGGGGAUGAUGAGUAUGAAGACGAGGUGGAGCAUAGAUCCCCAGGACUCUCACAUGACAGACCAGACCCUGUCACACAGCUACCUGUAGACACACAGACACAAAUACAGACACAAACGCCCAUACACAGGCCUCUAAGCAUAGAUCAGUAUGGGCGAGCCAACAAGUCAAUGAGUCUGCCUUACAUGUCCCGGCCCUUCCUGCCUGCUCUGUCUUCCUCCUCCUCUGAAGAAGAAGAGGAGGAUGAAGAAGGUGAUGAUUAUGACAAAGAAGAUGAGGAGGAUGAUGAUGACAUGUUCUGUAAAAGUCUACCAUCUAGUUUAGUGUUCAACAGACUGACAUGGAGUGGACCUCAGACUGACUUGGAGAACAGUUUGUCCCCAGCCCCUGUGCCCUCACAACCACUGGACGGUGCCUCUGAUGACGGACCAAUUCCUAGUUCUGAGGCCAGAAUUCCCCCUGAGCACUUGGACAUUGAUUCCCCUGACUGCUGUCACCACUCAGUGGUGGUUUUGAGGUAUAGCAAAGCUGAAGAAAAGAAUAGUCUGGAAGCGAUGAAACUGGUGGAGGAGGAGGAUGCAGAACAGGAUCGCGGCAGCCAGGAGAAAAACCAGGCAGACACCCUGACCAAUACUUGCACAGAAAGAUCGCCUUCACUUUGCAGCACUGACAUAGAAGAAAGUUGUCACUUGGUUGAAACCAGCAUCAUGGAGGAAGAGGAAACUCCAGAUGACAUUGAGAAGAGCCACGCUUCAGCAUCCGCAUCAACUGACUGUGAGGAGGCCUCACUGCAGACCACUGGAGUUCAUCUGAAGCUCAAAGACGAGGAAGAGGUCCUGAAGAGUCAAUGUCCUGAAGAAGGUGUGAUUUCAGAGGGUUAUAAUGGUGAUACAGUGAGCGAAGCCGAUGCAGAAAACCCACAAGAGCAUUUACUCACGGCCUGUCUUACUGUUUCCUGUGCUGAAGAGCCAGAGAACAUAGUCAAUGAGCGAUCAGAGGAGGUUUCUAGAGAUUCAGCUGAGGAUGUAAAAGAGCAUCCUGAAAAAAGUGCUAAGAGGGAGAGAGCUGGAGAGGAGAAGAAGGUAGAGGAAGUGAUGGAGGAAAGAGAUGAUAGAAACGGGGGAGGAUGGGACAAACAAGAGGGAGAAGAAACAGCAUGUGAGAGCGAGGGAGAUAUGGGCAAAAGAGAGAGAGAGGUAUUAAAGGAAUUGGAAAAAACAGAAGAAAAUUAUGUGGGGGUUAGGGUGGGAGUGGAGGAGAAGGAACAAGGAGGAAUGAUUGAAGAAGAGGAUGACAGGAUAGCAGGUGAUGAAAGGGAAGUAGGAGAAGAGGACACAAAGCAGGAAGAGGUCAUUUAUGAAGAGAUGAUGAGCAUAGUAGUGAGGGAUGACAUGAUGGAAAGUGGAGAGAAGAAGGAUAGGGAAGGAGAGACUGGGGGAAGUACAUUUAUAGAGGAGGUGAUAGAAACCAAAGAAGAUGGAGAGAUGAUUGGAGUACAACAGAAAGAGAUCAUGAAAGAGAUAGAUGAGAGUAAGGCAAGUGAAGAGAUGAGUGCAAAAGAAGAGGCGAAGAAAGCGGUGGACGGAGUGGAUCCCAUGGGAGAGACUGAGGAAGAGGCAGCUGAAGGAGUGGAUACCAUGGGGGAGACUGAGGAAGACACAGCUGAAGAGAGGGUGGAAGGUGUGGAUACCAUGGGAGAGACUGAGGAAGAGGCAGCUGAAGGAGUGGAUACCAUGGGGGAGACUGAGGAAGACACAGCUGAAGAGAGGGUGGAAGGUGUGGAUACCAUGGGAGAGACUGAGGAAGAGGCAGCUGAAGGAGUGGAUACCAUGGGAGAGACUGAGGAAGAGGCAGCUGAAGGAGUGGAUACCAUGGGGGAGACUGAGGAAGACACAGCUGAAGAGAGGGUGGAAGGUGUGGAUACCAUGGGAGAGACUGAGGAAGAGGCAGCUGAAGAGAGGGUAGAAAAGAUGUUGAUUGAUAAUGAGAAACAGGAUCUAGAGGCACAGCACGUUUUAGAGAGAAGACAAAGAGAUAUAGAUCUUAUAAAGGAUGUUGUGGGAGAGGGAUAUGAGGAGGGAGAGAAAGAGAUGGAAGUGGGAGAUGUAAUCUGGGAGGAAGAAGGAGAUAGUAUACAUGUGGUCCAACGGGAGACAGAUGAGAAGAAAGGAGAGACGAAAGAUCAACUAAAGACACCAACAAUAGAGGAAAGAGAAGAAGAACUGAAAGAGAUCCAGAUAAACAACAACAAAAAAUAUGAGGGAGAAAACGAAGUGAUGGAUAGUAAAGUGGGGUCUGAAAAAGGGGUGGGGAGAGUGCUGGUCGUGUCUAAACAACAAACACCCCCUAAAGUGUAUCAAGCAAGAUCAGUGCCAGUGGUACCACCCAAGCCCCAUCACUGCCGAAUAACUGCACUGAACCUCAGACAACAGCAGCACCAGAGGGAGAGGAGAGAGACAGACAGAGACAGUGGAAAGGGAAAGGUACACAGGACUUUGGGACAGCAAGAUAAGGAGAGAAAGAUGGAAGGAAAGCCAGAGCAUGACAAAGUCAGCAAGACAGAACGAGGGUGGAAUGAGGAUGGGGAAGAUGAGGGCACAGGCAAAAAGGAGGCACAGAGUGGGGGGGUGAGGGAGAGGAGGAGAGAUGUGGAUGAGGGGGGAGUGAAAGACAUGAUGAAGAACAGUCCAGUCAGUAUGUGUUUUGAUGAAGCUGUUGCCAUGGGAAUCAAGAGAGGGAGAGAGAAAGAGGGCAGUGAAAGGGAGAAAAAAAAAGAGAGAGGAUAUGAAGUACAAUAAAGAGAAAGAGGUGGACAUAAAAGCCAGUAAAUGUUAUAGUCAUUGACUCUGUCUGGAUGGUUAGUAUACAAACGAAUCAUUUGUAUAUAGUUAUAUUUUCCAUACUGCCUGUAUUAUUCAGCCUGGGCCUAGAACCCCGUCCCACUAAUAUUCAGGGAUACUCAGAAAACUGAUCCUCCGCAGACUCCCCCCUCCCCUCCAUCUGUAAAUGUCCUCCUUAUUUGUUGCUAUUUUCAACCUAUUAAACUAACUUGCCAUUUUAACUUGGUUUCAAUCUACAAAGAGUUGUAAAUUUACACCCAAGUAUGUCAAUCUCAGGUAUCACAUCUCAUGCAUAACCAUAGGUAUUGUGAGCAAGAAAAUGUCUUAUGAGAAAUGGCUAGAGAUGUCAUUAUUUGUACCAAUUCCAUAAACCAAUGCAUUUUCUGUUUUUAAUUCAUUUUUGUGAAUAAAUUUAUUCUGCAGACAAAAAUAA